AUGAGCGCAGUCCAUCCUCGAACCACCUCGAACCCCCCAGCUCCCUGGGAUGACCAUGACCCAUACGCGGUGACCCGGCCACACUCGAACAGUGCCGCUCAACACAUGAUGCACGGGCCAGGUAGACAGCGCAGUGACUAUGAUACCAACGGCGAGAACGCUGUACCAGUGCCGGGUUAUGGCAAUGGUGUGGAGAGAAAGAGUAGCAUCUCACACGGCCAGCCACAGUUUGACGUCGCGAGGAGCCCACCCACGACUUCAAAUAAGAACACCAGACAUGUUCCUUGCAAGUUCUUCCGCCAGGGCGCUUGUCAGGCAGGAAGUGCAUGUCCAUUCUCCCACUCGAUGGAUCCAAUGACGCAGCAAGCACCCUGCAAGUACUUCAUGAAGGGAAACUGCAAGUUCGGGGCCAAGUGCGCGCUUGCUCACUACCUCCCCGACGGACGACGAGUCAAUCGAGCGGAUUUAGACGCAGGCUUUGCCAUGGCAGGUCGAAAUUACAACUAUUCCAAUCGAUCUGACCAGCCUCCGUUUCCGAGUCAAGAUCCUAGUCUAGCAGAUCCCAUGCUUACCCAACCUCCUUAUGGGCCGGACUACUUUCAAAGUCAAGCGUUCCCUCUCAUGGAAGGCGACGAGCCCGAAGCCUUCCCCGAGCGCUACAACCAAUAUCAGCCGGACUCCGCCCUGCAUUCAGGCCUCAACUCACCUCCCACCUCACAAUUUGGGUCCCCUCCGAAUGAUUAUCAAUUUCCCAAGUCACCCGUCGAGCACCUCCGAACUGCUCUCAACGCGCCUCUUCCACAGUCCUUUGAUGCCAAUGGCAUAUCCCAUAUUGCAAAGUACGGACCGCUUGGACAAUCUGUACCCGAUAAAUUCGGUCUAGGAUCGCCAGCUUCUUCCUCCCUCUCGCGACAGCUAGGAAGCCCGCCUCAGUCCAUUGUGAACGUCCGAAAUGCCAAUCUAGGUUCUGGCUUGAGGAAUGUUUCACCUCUUGGCCUCUCCCCACAGAACGCUGAGGAGUCAAUUGGUCAGCGGAUCAUGCAUUCUCAAAGAGCGAUAAACAAGACUCGGGGCCUGUCGGCUAGUGUACCACGAUCAAACCUGCCGUACGAGUGGGAGGAAGGGUUGAACGUCGAGACGGAUUUGCUACCCAAUAGCCUGCACGAUGAGGUACUCACACCACAGGAGAAAAUGAGACGCCUGUCACGGCCGGAUCAAGAAUCUACUCCGAGGGACCAUGCCCAUGCGCAUGCUUUGGCCAUUCCGAACGGAACUUCCCCAAAUGUCGGCUCUCCUCCAGCCGGAAGUCCAUCCAGGUUUAGUGCGCUGUGGGCGGAACAACGGGAAAAGAAGGCUGCCGACAACAAUGGAGUACCUAGCUUCGGCCAUAUCGGAUCACCACUUCGAGGGUCAUGGAUGCCGAGCGAGUCAGUCACACCAAGUGUGCAGAUAUCUGGUAUAUCUCAGGCGAUGGCUCGGAUGCAACUGAAUAGAGUAGACUCUGGUGAGUCCAACGGUCUGAGGGUUCAGUCCAGUGGGCUGAGGCACUCAUCAGCGCCGGUUGGGCGCUUCGACCGUGGCAUUUCGAGUCCUGGCCUGAGCUCGAAGAAGAUCGACGAAGAGGUCGAAGGUGUCUUCUUCCCCAUGGACGGCGACGAUAGGACGUCAAAUUGGCCGGGACAAUCGCCUCGGCUUAAUCCGCUUCGCGACCGGACCAACGGCGAGCUGGCGGGCAGUAAGAAAGAAAUGAGAGUUGAAGAGGAGAACGGGAUGAGAUCAAUAUGGGGAUUUCGACCAUGA